UUAUGUCCUAGUUUAACCGUGAGCUACCAAUAGUGAUAGAUCGCCCCUGUAAGAGGACUGCGGAACAAUUAUCUCUUCCUGUUUCUCUCCGGAGCCAUGACACAGUGACACACAGUUAUUCGAGGAGGGAAGACGAAGAUGGCAGGAGCUAAAUCAGCGCUGGUGUUGUGCAUGGAUGUUGGAUUCUCCAUGUCCAACUCUGCCCCGGGUGAAGAGCCUCCCUUUGAAACUGCCAAAAAAGUAAUCCAGAAGUUUGUCCAGCGCCAGGUUUUUGCAGAGACCAAGGAUGAACUGGCUUUGGUUUUGUUUGGCACAGACUCCACCAACAACCCUCUGAACCAGGACGACCAGUACCAGAACAUCGCUGUGCAUCGUCAUCUUAUGGUUCCUGAUUUUGAGCUUCUGGAGGAAAUAGAGAAUCAGAUCCAUCCAGAGAGUCAGCAGGCUGAUUGGAUGGAUGCUCUUGUUGUUUGCAUGGAUCUCCUCCAGAGAGAAACAAAGGGGAAGAAGUUUGAUCGUCUCAACAUUGUCCUCCUGACUGACCUCAGCACUCAGGCCAGCUCAGACCACUUGGAUGUUAUUAUUGAAAACCUGAAACAAGCUGGCAUCACCCUGCAGUUUUUUUUGCCUUUCCCUGUGGAGGAGAGUGAGGAAAGUGGAGGAGAUGCAGACAGAAGACCUCCCGGACACCCUGGCACUGGCAAAGGUCUAUCCAGGGAACAGAAGGAAGGCCUGGACAUGGUGAAACACAUCAUGCUGAGCCUGGAUGAGGAGGACGGCCUGGAUCAAAUUUACACCUUCAGGGAUGCAGUUGAGCAGCUGUGUAUGUUCAAGCGUAUCGAGAGGAGACCCAUGGCCUGGCCCUGUCAGCUAACCAUCGGCAGCUGUUUGUCCAUCCGUAUUGUUGGAUACAAAGCAGUGAUGGAAGAGAAACUGAAAAAAACAUGGAUUACGGUUGACGCUCAGACCAGCCAGAGAGAAGACGUGAAGAGGGAGACGGUCUUCUGUCUGGAUGAUGACAAUGAGACAGAGGUGCAGGUGGAUGAUACCAUCCAAGGUUUUCGUUAUGGAAGUGAUAUUGUUCCCUUCUCCAAAGUAGAUCAAGAGCAGAUGAAAUACAAGCACGAUGGGAAGUGCUUUGCUGUUCUCGGCUUCACCAAGCAGAAUUUGAUACGGCGCCAUCAUUUCAUGGGGAACCAAGUCAUCAAGGUGUUUGCUCCCAAAGAUGAUGAGCACGCGGGAGUUGCUCUGUCUGCUCUCAUCCGAGCACUAGAUGAACUCCAAAUGGUUGCCAUUGUACGCUAUGCCUAUGACCGGCGCAGCAACCCUCAAGUAGGAGCAGCUUUCCCAUGCAUCAAACAGGACUAUGAGUGUCUGAUGUAUGUCCAGCUGCCCUUCAUGGAAGACCUCAGACAGUUUACGUUUCCUUCUCUUGAAAACAACAAAAAGUUCACUCCGUCAGACACCCAGCUGAAAGCUGUGGAUUCUCUCAUUGACUCCAUGAUGUUGGUAGAGCAGGAUGACAAUGCAGAACAGAAGGACAUGUUCAAGGUCCACCACAUUCCCAACCCUGCCUUCCAGAGGCAUUUUCAGUGUCUGCAUCAUCGGGCAGUGCACCCCGGCACCCCUCUUCCCCUGAUAGAGCCGUGGUUGAAGGCUGCUCUUGCGCGCCCUGAUGCCAUUAGUGAACAAUGCCAGGCUCCUCUUGAGGAUGUGAAGAGAAAGUUUCCCCUCACAGAAGUGGAGAAGAAAAAGACACUGAAGACUAGUGUUCAGAUCUUUGGCAAAGACACUGAGGAGCCAGAUGCCAAGAAGGCAAAAGGAGACGAAGAAGCGGAGGAUUAUAGCCUGGCUGAUAUUGCUGAAGGCUCUGUUACUUCGGUGGGAAGCGUGGAUCCUGCCCGAGACUUCCGAACUCUGAUCAGGCUGAAGAGUCUUCCAUUCGGAGAGGUCUGUCAGCAGCUGACUCACAGGAUAGAACAGUUGCUUAGCAACAAGAGCACACACUACUACAUGAAAAGCAUCACCUGUAUCCAGGCUUUUAGAGAGCAGUCCGUUAAGCUGGGGAACGCUGAUCUGUACAAUAGCUACCUCCAGUCCCUGAAAAGAAGCAUCCCAAACAGGCGUCUGGAGGUCUUCUGGGACCUCCUUGUUCAAGAUGCCAUAACUCUGAUCAGCAAAGAAGAGGUUGAAGGAAGCUCCGUAUCCAAAAGUGAAGCUAAUCAGUUUUUGGUUUCUGAGGAAAAGAAAGAGGAGGAGGUUGCACCACCAGCUGAAGAUACUGGAGAUGUCGAUGACUUGCUGGACAUGAUGUAAGAAGGGAGGCAGUGGGAGCAUCUGCAGUGGACAUGCAGACAAAAUGAGAAGAAUGCAAGACCAAACCAAUUUAGCCGUCCUUUGUUCUGCCUCCCACUUGGAGACCUUUGAUACUUCUAACUGUGUGCACACUGCACAGACCAAUGUUUGUUUUACUUUACUGAUGUUUACACAGUAUUGUAUGUAAGAUUAUUUUAUAGCAAGUACUGUAUAUUGGGCUUUAUAUGUGUUUUGUCUGAAAUGUCAAUGAUGCAAAAAUGACUUAAAUUUUUAUAAUUCUCUUGA